AUGACGACCAUGGAUGAAGAGGACCUGAAGGAGUAUUUCCGCAUGCAAUAUGGACAGAAGCUACUGAAACUGCUGAUGAAAUUCCCAGUAUCAGAGGAGCAGUCACCAUCUCCCUCCAUUCGGCUCCUAGAGAAGAAGAAGGAAGCCAAGUUGGUGCACCAGGCCAUGGAGGCCCAAAAGGAGGCAUUUAAGACUCGAAUGGAAUCUCUGAACAAUCGUUGGGAGGAACUUGGCGCAAAGGAGGUCCAGUUGAAAGCAUAUAUCCGGAAAUUUGAGCAAUUCAUACAGGAGAAUGACCAGAAAAGGAUCAGAGCGUUGAAGAAAGCCAACAAGGAGCGGGAACUGAAGAAGCAGCGAGUGAAGGAGCUGGCCAAGGCCAAGUUGGAGAUGGCAACUCUGAAGCAGCAGCAUCAGAAGCUGUACAACAAGCUGCAGCGCUACUCCAUCUUCAACAAGUACCUGGAGAGGGUGGUUGAGGUCUCAGAGUUUGAGGAGAUCCGGGAGGUCAUUGGUCGCUACAGGACAUUGGUGGGGAUGCACCGGGACCUCGUGCAGUCAGCCCAGGAGGGACUGGAGUUGAUCGAGCAAGCCAAGGUCCGCCUGGCCCGCUAUAAGGAGGAGAAAGACGACGAGAUGCUGCAGCACAACAAUGAGCUGGCGCGCCUGCAGCUGCGCUUCGACCAUGCCCGCAGCGAAGUCAUUGUCUGGGAAUCACGCUGGGCUCAUAUCCAGAAUACGGCUGCUAAGAAAACCCUGAUGCUGGGUACCAUCAAGAUGGCCACCUUGAACCUCUUCCAGAGCGUAAGCAAGCAGAUGAAGGAGGCGCUAAUGGUGCCUGUGGAGGACACCCAUAAGCAGCUGGAUAUGAUCCAGCAGUUUAUCCAAGAUCUGUCAGACAUCUGGGCAGAAGUGAAGAAGAAAGAGCAGAACAGAUCACAAACAAUAGUGCCAAAGGAUAUGUAG